AUGAUUAAUAGACCUCCAGUACCUAAAUUUAGAGAUGAAUGUCCUACUCCAAAGAGAUCUACUGACUUAUUAGAAGAAGUUUAACACUUGGUGUUCAAAAUGAAUUUGGAUGAUGCAAUUGAAAAAAAAGCAAUUGCAAUACUUCAUAACUUAAAUAUACCAAACACCUCACUACAUGCUUAGGCAUUAGUACAUUGUGCUAUGAAAGAGCUAAAUUACUCAUUACCAAAGGCAGAUGUUAAAGUAGAAUACCUUUCCAAAUGCAUUUAAAAUUAAUAUUCUUCUUUAAUUUCUACUUUAUGCCAAAAACUCAAAUUAAAUUCAAAAGCAACCCAAGUUUGCUGCUUUCUCUUAUAACAAAUGUAACCCUUAAUAAAUAAAUUGCCUAAAUCACUUCAAAACGCCAUAUCAGUCAAAAUUGCCACUGAUAUUAUAUAUUUGAAAUAAGGCGGCAUAAAUGCUAAAAUUAUUGCUCAGAUGGCGAAUAUUAAGGUGGAACAAUUCUAAAUCAACUUAAACAGAAUCAAACCCUUCGCUUUCAGAAUCAUAUAAGACCUAUUCAACUACAUUAAUAACAUUUCUUAAUGACUUUUAUAUAUUUGUUUAUAUUUAUUACUCUAAUAAAUUCACAAAAA